GCCGCGCCGCCCCUCCCCGCCGGGCGCGCGCCCGCAGCGGCGCUGUGCUGAGCGGGAGCGUUGUGUGUGCGGGAGGGCCGCCGGCAGGACUUGUGGUGCAUGGAGGAAGACACGCUGUCCUAGAGAUUUAAUUUGUCUAGACAUACCAAGGCUGUGGGAUCCGCACGGCGGGACGGCAUCGCCAUGUUUCGGAACAGCCUCAAGAUGCUCCUUACAGGAGGGAAAUCGAACCGCAAAAACAGGUCCAGUGAUGGAGGGAGCGAGGAGCCGCCAGACCGAAGACAGGCAAGUGUAGACGCCCGGCAGAGCCGCUCUGGGCAAGGCACCUCCACAGAGAACGACUGUGCUUUCGAAGCAGACUACGCCAUCCCGCCGCUCCCUGUGACCGAAGGUAUGCAGCAGUUUCGGAUUAUGGAGGGCAUGUCCCGCUCCCUUCCAUCCUCCCCCUUACUCACACAUCAGUCUAUCAGUGUUCGGCUCCAACCCGUGAAGAAGUUGCCUGCCCCUCUGAGGAAAGCAAAGUUUGUUGAGAGCCCUCGCAUCCCCGAGUCUGAGCUUGGCUCACCAACACUCUCUUCAGCACAGAAACUGGACGUGGAUGCAUACUGCCCUGGUGACGCUGAGCAGGAGCUGGGACCCCCUCCAUCCGUAGAUGAGGCAGCAAAUACACUCAUGACUCGCCUGGGCUUCCUCCUGGGGGAGAAAGUCACGGAGGUACAGCCAGGGCCCCAGUACAGCAUGGAGGUGCAGGAUGAGAACCAGAGCUCGGCGGUGACGCAGCGCAUCAGCCCCUGCUCCACACUGACCAGCAGCACGGCCUCACCGCCCGCCAGCAGCCCCUGCUCCACCCUGCCACCCGUCAGCACCAACGUCCCUGCCAAGGACUGCAGCUACGGGGCCGUCACCAGCCCCACGUCCACGCUGGAGAGCAGGGACAGCGGCAUCAUAGCCACUUUGACGAGCUACUCGGAGAACGUGGAGCGCACCAAGUAUGGAGGGGAAAGCAGCAAGGAGAUGGGCUCGGGUGGCAACCUGAAGCCCUGGCAGUCCCAGAAGUCCAGCAUGGACUCGUGCCUGUACCGUGUGGAUGAGAACAUGACAGCCUCGACCUACAGCCUGAACAAGAUCCCGGAGAGGAACCUGGAGACCGUCCUGUCCCAGUCAGUGCAGUCCAUCCCACUGUACCUCAUGCCACGGCCCAACUCGGUUGCAGCCACCAGCUCGGCCCACCUGGAGGACCUGGCAUACCUGGACGAGCAGCGGCACACCCCCCUGCGCACCUCCCUCCGCAUGCCCCGGCAGAGCGUGGCUGGAGCCCGCACACAGCAGGACCUGCGAGUGCGCUUUGCACCCUACCGACCUCCAGACAUCUCCCUGAAGCCGCUGCUCUUCGAGGUCCCCAGCAUCACCACUGAAUCCGUCUUCGUGGGCCGGGACUGGGUGUUCCAUGAGAUCGAUGCCCAGCUGCAGAGCUCCAACGCCAGCGUGAAUCGCGGUGUGGUGAUCGUGGGGAACAUCGGCUUUGGGAAGACUGCCAUCAUCUCCAGGCUGGUGGCGCUCAGCUGCCACGGCACUCGCAUGAGGCAGAUCGCAUCCGACAGCCCGCACGCCUCACCCAAACAUGUGGAUGCAAACAGAGAGCUGCCCUUAACCCAACCGCCUUCUGCUCACUCCUCCAUCGCCAGUGGGAGCUGCCCAGGGACCCCCGAGAUGCGCCGGCGCCAGGAGGAGGCCAUGCGGAGGCUCGCUUCCCAGGUCGUCGCCUAUCACUACUGCCAGGCAGACAACGCCUACACCUGCCUGGUGCCCGAGUUUGUGCACAACGUGGCCGCCCUGCUGUGCCGCUCGCCCCAAUUCGUCGCCUAUCGGGAGCAGCUGCUGCGUGAGCCCCACCUGCAGAGCAUGCUGAGCCUCCGCUCCUGCGUGCAGGACCCCAUGGCCUCCUUCCGCAGGGGGAUCCUGGAGCCCCUGGAGAACCUGCAUAAAGAGAGGAAGAUCCCUGAUGAAGAUUUCAUCAUAUUAAUCGAUGGUUUAAAUGAGGCUGAAUUUCACAAGCCAGAUUAUGGUGACACCAUUGUAUCAUUCCUGAGCAAAAUGAUUGGGAAAUUCCCUUCCUGGCUGAAGCUGGUUGUGACUGUCAGGACAAGUCUACAGGAAAUAAUUAAGCUGUUGCCCUUCCACAGAAUAUUUUUGGAUAGACUGGAAGAGAACGAAGCCAUAGACCAGGACCUGCAGGCAUACAUCCUCCACCGGAUACACAGCAGCUCAGAGAUCCAGAACAACAUCUCACUGAACGGCAAAAUGGACAACACCACCUUUGGCAAACUCAGCUCUCACCUCAAGACCUUGAGCCAAGGGUCCUACCUUUACCUGAAACUCACUUUUGAUCUCAUAGAGAAAGGAUAUCUAGUACUAAAAAGCUCCAGCUACAAAGUAGUCCCAGUGUCUCUGUCAGAAGUUUACCUGUUGCAGUGCAAUAUGAAGUUCCCAACGCAGUCUUCCUUUGAUCGGGUUAUGCCUCUCUUGAAUGUGGCAGUGGCAUCUCUGCAUCCUUUAACAGAUGAGCAUAUUUUUCAGGCCAUUAAUGCAGGUAACAUUGAGGGCACUUUGGAGUGGGAUGACUUUCAGCAGAGGAUGGAGAACCUUUCUAUGUUUCUUAUCAAACGUAGAGACAUGACGCGAAUGUUUGUUCAUCCCUCUUUCCGAGAAUGGCUUAUUUGGAGAGAAGAAGGUGAAAAGACCAAGUUUCUUUGUGAUCCUAGGAGUGGCCACACACUGCUUGCCUUCUGGUUUUCCCGUCAGGAAGGAAAACUAAACCGACAGCAAACGAUCGAACUGGGACAUCACAUCCUCAAAGCACAUAUUUUUAAGGGGCUGAGUAAAAAAGUUGGGGUGUCUUCCUCCAUCCUGCAAGGGCUUUGGAUCUCCUACAGCACCGAGGGUCUUUCCAUGGCUUUGGCAUCGCUGAGAAACCUCUACACCCCAAACAUCAAGGUCAGUCGGUUGCUGAUUCUAGGAGGUGCCAACGUGAAUUACAGGACUGAAGUUCUGAACAACGCCCCAAUUCUGUGCGUGCAGUCCCACCUGGGGUACACAGAGAUGGUGGCUUUGCUCCUGGAGUUCGGUGCCAAUGUAGAUGCUGCUUCUGAGAGCGGCCUGACCCCCCUUGGGUACGCUGCUGCUGCUGGGUUCCUGAGCAUCGUUGUGCUGCUGUGCAAGAAACGGGCCAAGGUGGAUCACUUGGACAAGAACGGUCAGUGCGCGCUGGUCCACGCCGCCCUCCGAGGACACCUGGAGGUGGUGAAGUUCCUGAUCCAAUGCGACUGGAGCAUGGCUGGGCAGCAGCAGGGGGUGUUCAAAAAGAGCCACGCCAUCCAGCAGGCCCUGAUCGCCGCAGCCAGCAUGGGCUACACAGAGAUUGUCUCCUACCUGCUCGACCUUCCAGAAAAAGAUGAAGAGGAGGUGGAGCGAGCACAGAUCAACAGCUUUGACAGUCUCUGGGGAGAGACAGCACUGACAGCAGCUGCAGGCCGAGGGAAGCUGGAUGUGUGCCGGCUGCUGCUGGAGCAGGGAGCUGCUGUGGCACAGCCCAACCGGCGCGGCGUGGUGCCUCUCUUCAGCGCCGUCCGGCAGGGCCACUGGCAGAUUGUGGACCUGCUGCUCACCCACGGCGCUGAUGUGAACAUGGCAGACAAGCAGGGCCGGACACCGCUGAUGAUGGCUGCAUCCGAGGGACACCUGGGCACGGUGGAAUUUCUGCUUGCACAAGGUGCCUCCAUUUCUCUGAUGGACAAGGAGGGCUUGACAGCCCUCAGCUGGGCUUGCCUGAAGGGCCACCUGGCUGUGGUGAGGGCCCUGGUGGAGAAUGGGGCAGCUACCGACCACGCUGACAAAAAUGGGCGCACACCACUGGACCUGGCAGCUUUCUACGGCGACGCGGAGGUGGUUCAGUUCCUGGUGGACCACGGGGCCAUGAUCGAGCACGUCGACUACAGCGGGAUGCGUCCCCUGGACAGGGCGGUGGGGUGCCGCAACACCUCGGUGGUCGUCACCCUCCUGAAGAAAGGAGCAAAGAUAGGUUGUCAGACGUUACCGAGUCGCCCACGAGGUCCAGCAACAUGGGCGAUGGCCACCUCCAAACCUGACAUCAUGAUCAUCCUGUUGAGCAAGCUGAUGGAAGAGGGAGACAUGUUUUACAAGAAAGGUAAAGUGAAGGAGGCUGCCCAGCGCUACCAGUACGCCCUGAAGAAGUUCCCCAGGGAAGGCUUUGGGGAAGACCUGAAGACCUUCCGUGAGCUGAAGGUGUCACUCCUCCUCAACCUCUCCCGAUGUCGAAGGAAAAUGAAUGACUUUGGAAUGGCAGAGGAAUUCGCUACUAAAGCACUGGAGCUGAAACCGAAAUCUUACGAAGCUUACUAUGCAAGAGCAAGGGCCAAACGCAGCAGCAGGCAGUUUGCAGCAGCUCUGGAAGACCUGAACGAGGCCAUCAAGCUGUGCCCCAACAACCGUGAGAUCCAGCGGCUGCUGCUGCGGGUGGAGGAGGAGUGCCGGCAGGUGCAGCAGCAGCAGCAGCAGCAGCAGCCACCCCCGCUGCCAGCAGAGCCUGAGCCCGAAGCCCAGCAUGAAGAGCUGUAUUCUGUGCAAGACAUUUUUGAGGAGGAGUACCUCGAGCAGGACGUUGAGAACGUUUCCAUUGGCUUGCAGACAGAGUCCAGGCCAAAGCAAGGGCUUCCCAUCAUCCAGAGCCCACCCCCCUCCCCGGCUCACCGGGACUCAGCCUAUAUUUCUGGCUCACCUCUCGGCUCCCAUCAGGUCUUUGAUUUCAGGUCCAACAGCUCGGUGGGCUCUCCCACCAGGCAGGGCUACCAGUCCACGUCUCCCACUCUGUCUCCGACGCACCAGAACUCCCAUUACCGGCCCAGUCCUCCACACACCUCUCCUGCCCAUCAGGGCUCCUCGUACCGCUUCAGCCCACCUCCCGUGGGGAGCCAGGGGAAGGAAUAUCAGAGCCCACCGCCUUCCCCUCUUCGCAGAGGCCCUCAGUACCGCGCCAGCCCCCCCGCAGACGGCAUGAGUGUGUACAGGUCGCAGUCGGGCUCCCCGGUUCGCUAUCAGCAAGAACCCAGUGCUGUCAGCCCGCUUCCCGGCAGGCCCAAAUCCCCGCUGUCCAAAAUGUCACAGCGCUCCUUCCAGAUGCCCCAGCUGCCCGUGGCCGUGCCUCAGCAGGGCCUGAGGCUGCAGCCAGCAAAGGCGCAGAUCGUGCGGAGCAACCAGCCCAGCUCAGCCGUGCACUCCAGCACCGUCAUCCCCACCGGUGCCUACAGCCAGGUUGCCCACUCGAUGGCCAGCAAGUACCAGGCGGCGGCGGGGGAGAUGGGGGUCAACCAGAGCAGGCUGGUGUACCAGGGCUCCAUCGGGGGCAUCGUAGGGGACAGCCGGCCCGUGCAGCACGUGCAGGCCAGCCUCAGCGCGGGGGCCAUUUGCCAGCACGGAGGGUUGGCCAAGGAAGAUCUUCCGCAGAGGCCGUCCUCGGCGUACAGGGGGGGCAUGAGGUACAGCCAGACACCCCAGAUCGGGCGCAGCCAGUCUGCUUCCUACUACCCCAUGUGCCACUCAAAGCUGGAUCUGGAGCGUUCAUCCCUGCCCUCCGGCCAGCUCGGCUCGCCAGACGUGUCCCACCUCAUCCGGAGGCCCAUCAGCGUCAACCCCAGCGAAAUCAAGCCUCACCCACCGACCCCGAGGCCGCUGCUCCAUUCGCAGAGCGUCGGCCUGCGCUUCUCUCCCUCCAGCAAUAGCAUCUCAUCCACCUCCAACCUGACGCCCAACUUCCGCCCCUCCGCCUCGAUCCAGCAAAUGGAGAUCCCUCUCAAGCCGGCCUACGACAGGGCGUGCGACGAGCUGUCCCCAGUGUCCCCCACUCAGGGUGGGUACCCCAGCGAGCCGGCCCGUUCCCGGACCACGCCGUUCAUGGGAAUCAUUGAUAAAACCGCUCGGACUCAGCAGUACCCCCACCUCCAUCAGCAGAACCGGACCUGGGCCGUGUCAUCAGUGGACACUGUUAUUAGCCCUACGUCUCCUGGCAAUCUCCCCCAGCCGGAAUCAUUUAGCCCACCUUCUUCAAUCAGCAACAUUGCCUUUUAUAACAAAACCAACAAUGCACAGAAUGGCCAUUUGCUAGAGGAAGACUAUUACAGCCCCCAUGGGAUGCUGGCCAAUGGGUCCCGGGGAGACCUACUGGAGAGAGUCACCCAAGCCUCCUCGUACCCCGAUGUGAAGGUGGCGAGGACGCUGCCGGUGGCACAGGCCUACCAGGACAACCUGUACAGGCAGCUCUCCCGGGACUCCCGGCAAGGGCAGACAUCCCCAAUCAAACCAAAGAGACCAUUUGUGGAGUCUAAUGUGUAAGAGACGCUUGUUGGAGUAAGACCCUUAUGUUUGCAGCACACACUUCCAAGCUUGAUUUCCAUGCAUAUUAUUAUUAUU